AUGAAUGAAGUAAAAAUAAUAAUGUUGCCUGGCGGUUUGACAGUAUCCGCAUCAACGAAUAAUGGCGAACGAAUGCUUACGUAUCGCUCAAAAAGUCAAUUGGAACAACAAGUUCCACCAAUAAAAUCAUUUUUUGAAGUUUUAUUAAGGAUUGUUCCACAUCGUCAGACGUAUAAUCGUUAUUGUGCUUCAAGUUUAAGUGUAUCAUAUCAAAGUCGUUCGGGUACGAGUACGAGUAGUAAUCGUUCACCCAUCAACCGUUAUCGAAAAGAUACACCGAAUAGUGCCCAUCGUAUUAAUGUAUCGUCAUCAGCUGCCGACAGGCGAUCAGAUUUAAGUUGUCGAUCAAUCAGAGGAAGAUCAGCACAUCACCAUAUGUCCGAUGAAGCAAUCGAAUAUUUUAGAAACAAUGCAAAAUCCAUGGAAUAUCAAUCGUUUUUGCAAGCCGUUGAUACAAGUGGAACAACAGAAAAAUAUAUGUUUGAUAAAUCACAUUUCAAAACAUUUUCGACUGAUAUUUUACCUCUUGUGCCGGAGUUUUUUAAACAACAGCCCGGUGAUAGAAAUUUGGAAAAUGCGCCUAAGGUAAGACAUAUUAGUCAUUCUUGUUUUUCAAGCGCAUAUUAGUAAAGGAUUAAAUCAGAUUAACCCACAAAAUUUUCUGAGGUUGAUAUUAACCUAUAGUGGCAUUCACGGCUAGGCGAUAAGAUAAGAGUAGUCUACAAAAAAGUGCAAAAAUCAGCUAUUCUUUAUCUUUCUAAAGUAAAAGAACUGGCUGGUAGAGUAGUUUGGGAUAAUUCGAGACACUCGAAUAUUUUUCGAUCAAGCUUAACUAAAAGACAAAUAAUUUAUAUCAAGUAGAUGCAAUAAUAAUUUAUUUUUAUUUUUCAUGUAUCCAACUUAUAGCCUGUUUUUCCUCAUAAAUAUAAUUAAGAACAAUCGCUACUUUAUAUCAUUUAUUUCUUUACAAAAAAAAAUGUUAGCGAACUCUAUGUGAUUUUUUUCUACGUAUAUUUUAUACUCAUUUAAUAACAAACGUCUUGCUAUAUCAACAAAUAGACAAGAAAAAAUAGUUGGAAGAAAAGAUCGAUUUCUUAUUCUAUAUUUAAAAAAUGUUUGCUCUUUAUUUCGGAACAUUAUGUACUGACACUUCAACGUUCAGUUGAAUCGUAAACACAUUGAAUUAAAAUCUCGAAUAUCGUUCAACAAAUCUAGUAAUCAUUUUUCUUGUAUAUUACUGUUGGUUAUUCGUAAUGUCCUAGAUAAAUAGAACAGUAUCGGCUAAAUGCUACUGCAUCCAGCAGAGUAAGAGACUGUAAACGAAACUUACCUUUGAUUUCAAUCGUUUUUGAUAGUGUUCAAUGAUAAAAACUAUUACAUACACCAGAGAACUAUCAGCUGCAAAAGCUGUUCAAACAACUUUGCUAAAAUAAAAUCGAACUUAUGGUAAUUGAACAACAAUUUUGAUGAAGCACCCUGCCGGAUUUAAAAAUCUGAAAGUAUCAAAAAGUUGAAUAGCAGGUUCGAUAGAGAAUUUUAUUGCGCAUCUAACCAUAUUUGAUUUUUGGUUUGAAACUAUGAUCGUUCCUCAAAAAAUAAUUUUUUAAAAAGUUUGAUAAUUUACUGACAUGAGAUGAAAAAAGUCUUUCAACUCAGUAAGGAGGUAUAGUGGAGAUAUUGUUUAUACCGGACUUUGUAGAGUGAAAAACGCGCUAUAAACUGGCGAUAAAAGAAUUAAAAGAAUACGGUUGUUGUUUGAGAAAAAAAUAUUUUUCGAGCAAAAUUUCGAAUUUUCAUUUUUCAUACGUUUCACUAAAACUUCUAUAGCAGG